AUGGGCGACCUUCAGCCGGGCACAAAUUGGUACAUCCGCACCGACCAGAAAUACCUCCAACCCAAAUCCACGCAACAGUUUGCGGACCACAACCAGCAGUACGUACACCAGAAGCUCACCAAACCACGAGUAGACGACCAUUAUGAGUUCAUGCUGGAAGAGAUUGUACAAGAAGUCAGAGCAGGCCGCACGAACGGACCAUUCAGACAACCACCAUCCUGGCCCACAACGACAAUUGCACCCCCGGGGUAUGAUCUGACCCUCCUACCCCUGCCGCGCACCGAGCCUAAGGUCGCCAUGGCCUUCAGCAUCAAGCAAACAGGGUCAGACGGCAAGGACAAGAUACGCCGCGGAGAGGACUGGCGCCGCAGCGGCCACAAUUCCACCUGCAUCAUGCAUGACCAACCUUUCCACCACACACCGGACCACUUUGCUUCACUGGUCAUACAAACACACCAAACGCACCCCACAGCAGACAUGCACGUUUGGGGACACGACCAUGACGGAGCAUACAGGCAGCUCCCCCUGGAUAACCCCGAGAAUGCGUACGUGCUGCUACACACACCGCAGGGACCCACAUUGUGGAGCCACAAUGUCUUGCUGUUCGGCUCCUCAGCCAGUGUUUGGGGGUACAAUCGUUUCGGCGACGCCAUGGUCUCAGUGUCUAGGUUGUUCGGCAAAGUUGGCCGGGCCCCGCUCAAAGCCAUCUACGCAAGAGCCCACGGAGAGGUCGAUCGAGCAUGGUUCUUCCAGGGACGCCUCCCCAAAGAGAUCCUCCUUCAGUUCAGCUCCAACACCGCAUUCGUCUACUUGCUGGAGGCGUGGGUGGCCCUGCUGGCCCCCUUGGUCUUCGAGCCCCUGCUGGGCGACUUCUACAUCCAGUGCUGUGACAAUGAGGCGGCCCGGCACGCCAUCAUCAAGG